UCCGUUUCAUUUUUUCCUACCAGUACCAACGAUUUAGGGCUUUUUCUCUCCUCCCCUUCUCCUUCCUUACGAACACCUAUCCAUCAACUGAGGGUUGCAGCAGGGCCGUUGAUAUCCACAGCCCUACGAUUUAGGGCUUUUUCUCUUCUCCUCUUCUCCUUCCUUGCGAUCCCAUAUCCAUCGACUCAGGGUUGCAGCAGGGCCGUUGAUAUCCACAGCGCUAUUGAAUGAGCAUUAGAUCUUCAAACCCCACCUCCAAUUAGACCGAACUAGUUCAAUCCAUUCCAUCUAGUUUGAGAAUCCUAACAUCAGUUUUAGAAGAAGAAAGCUAUGGAGAAAAGCGAUGACAGAAUCAGCAAACUACCCGAUGACAUCCUUCAUUCCAUCCUUUCCAUGAUGCCGAUGAAAUUCAUCAUAAGAACAAGCAUUCUCUCAAGGAGAUGGAGAAACUUGUGGAAACCCAUCUGGGCUUAUGCCACUGCUCUCGAUUUGGGUGCUGAGUUCGCGUCUGGCCAAACUCCAGAAGAAUUCGUGGCUACUGUUAAUCGAUAUCUACAACUCCACAAAGGCAAGGAGGUCCGGAUUUUUCGGCUCCCACACAUUCCAUGCAAUCCGUUAGAUGCUGAGAAAUGGGUUGAAUUCGCAGUAGCAAAAAGAGUAAAGAAGCUUGACAUCGACUUCUGUAAACCUUUUAAGGGAAGUAAGCUUUGUAAAUUGCCAAACUCCCUCUUUACUUGUGAUUCUAUAACUCAUUUAAAAUUGAGUCGCUGUGAUUUCAGCCCGCUUUUGAAUUUCAAAGGUUGCCCUUACCUCAAAACCCUCCACCUAAGCGAUGUUACAGUUACAGAUGCCCUGUUUGAAAGCAUGAUUUCAAAUUGUCCUCUUAUGGAGGAAUUGAUUUUAAAGCAUUGUCAUGAUCUGACUCAUAUCAAGGUCUCCCCUCCGGAUCUUCCACUUAAGAGUUUGAUAGUUGAAUUCUGUUGGGAUGUCGAUGAGAUUGAGAUUUUUGCUCCGAACCUCCGAUCAUUCUGUUUCUCUGGUGAUUUUAUUCCUAUGUAUUUCAAGAACAUUUCGAGUUUGGUGGAUGUCCUUCUUAAAGGCAUAUGUAUGGAGGAUCACUAUAUUGGGAAAGAUUGUAUCACUGUUUUGCACCAUCUUGAACAUGUUAAGAUUCUGACAUUGUUUUCUGGCUCGCUUGAGUAUGUAGGUUUAGUAGAGGAAUACACACCCGAGGAUUUGCCCCUUAGAUUCCACAAUUUGCUGGAACUGCAGCUAGUGUUGGAAUGGUUUGGUUGGAGCUAUCUGCCCAGCAUCUAUAGCUUCUUCGAAAACUGUCUAUGCCCUAAUCUAAUGAUGCUUUUCAUUUAUUUUCCACCCAUUGACGACCCCUCACAAAGUGACUACCAGUCCGAGGAACUGCUGGCAGAGGAUACUCCGGACAUUGUGUUUGAUAAUCUGAAGGUGACAAAAAUGAAUGGCUUUACAGGACUCAAGGAUGAAAUGCUGUUGGUGAAAUUUUUCUUAGAGAAUGCUAUUGGACUAGAGCAUUUGGUUUUGGCAGCUCCUCAGAAAGCUGUCUGUGACGUUGCGAAGGAUUCUGCAUUGGAGUGUAAAUCUGACUUUGCAUCAACGCGUAUUCUUCACAGGAAUCAAUUGAAGUUGUCUGAAUCCGCUGACACGUCAUUGGAUCGUCUUUGUGAACGGUUAUUUAUCUUAGUAAAGGCAUCAUCAUCAGAUGCUCGGAUAUUAAUAUGUGAUUAUUCGGAGGUCAAUGAUGUUUUAUUCCCCAGACAUAAAUAUUCGGACUUCCAUGGCCUUUUAAUCCCCAGAUUUACUUGAGACUGAUAAGGGGUAGCUUUGUGGCGAUAGAGUAUAUUUUCUUAAUUUGGUCUA